CAAAAUUCACAACACAAACUCUUCCUCUCUUCUUUAAUUAAAUUAUAGAAACAAACACAAAUCAAAGUUUCAUUACUUUUUCAAAAAAAAAAUGGGUAGUGCUACAUCAGCCAUGCUGAUCCUAUUACUAGCAAUGGUCAUUGCAUCUUGUGCCAAGGCCAUGGACAUGUCCAUCGUUUCCUACGACAAUAGCCACCACGUGACCACCGAUCCCAGCCGCCCCAACGUUUUCGAUGCCGAGGCAUCUUUGAUAUUCGAGUCAUGGAUGGUCAAGUACGGGAAGGUGUACGACUCCGUUGCUGAGAAGGGACGGCGUUUAACGGUUUUCAAGGACAACCUCCGUUUCAUCACUAACCGGAACGCUGAGAAUCUCAGUUACCGACUCGGUUUAACCCGGUUUGCUGAUCUAUCUCUCCAUGACUACAAUGAACUCUGUCACGGGGCUGAUCCAAAACCACCUAGGAACCACGAUUUCAUGACUAGUAGCGACAGAUACAAGACUAGUGUUAGUGAUGUGCUUCCUAAUUCCAUCGACUGGAGGAAUGAAGGUGCUAUGACUGAAGUCAAAGACCAAGGCGAUUGCAGGAGUUGUUGGGCGUUCUCGACGGUUGGGGCAGUGGAAGGCUUAAACAAGAUUGUGACAGGAGAGUUAGUCACUUUGUCUGAGCAAAUUUUGAUCAAUUGUAACAAAGAAAGUAAUGGUUGCAGAGGAGGUAAAGUUGAGACUGCCUUUGAGUUCAUAGUUAACAAUGGUCUUGGUACCGACAACGAUUAUCCUUACAAGGCUGUUAAUGGAGUUUGCGACGGUCGGCACAAGGAAAACAAUACGAAUGUUGUGAUUGAUGGAUAUAAGAAUUUGCCUGCAAAUGACGAACUUGCUCUAAGGAAAGCUGUUGCUCACCAGCCAAUAACCGCCAUUAUCGAUUCCAGCAGCCGGGAAUUUCAGCUUUAUGAAUCGGGAGUUUUCGAUGGAACUUGUGGAACAAACCUAAACCAUGGAAUUGUUGUGGUCGGGUAUGGAACCGAGAAGGGUCGUGACUAUUGGAUUGUGAGAAAUUCGUGGGGCAACACAUGGGGAGAGGCUGGCUACAUGAAGAUGGCUCGCAACAUUGCCAAUCCAAGAGGCUUGUGUGGUAUCGCGAUGCGAGCUUCAUACCCUCUAAAGAACUCGUUUUCUACCGAUAGAAGCUCCAUGGCCUAAUAAUAUAAACUAAAUGUAUCUCAUGCAAAGGAUCGAUCGAGUGACACAACAACGUAUUCGACUUUGAAGGGAAAAUAAUGU